CGGUGUAGGUACAGUAAAUAUCUGUUUAUUGAAAAAAAGUAUUCUGAGUUAACGGCGUUCUAAAAUCGUGUCAAAAUGGUCCAGAUCGAAGGGGCUUUAAAAGCUUCACCCCCAAUUUUUGGCUACGUAUGUACAAUUAUCCUUUGCCACGCUAUCUGCUACCUGAUUUUACACAAGAUCCGGUUGAGAGUGUUAAACAGGGUGGCGAUGAUACUUUUCGGCGUUGUCUUUGGAAUACUCGGCAAUUAUUACAGCUACUUUAAGGAACAAAGUGAUAAUCUGGUCCACAUGAACCCACGGGUUUUACUGGAUAUAAUAUACCCUUUUUAUAUAUUUCGAAUCACCAUGGGUUGCGAAAAUUAUACUGUCAUGAGAGCCCUCUGGCAAAUUCUACUAAUUGGAAUAGUCGGAUAUUUAAUAGCUUCAGUGAUGUUAGGACUUCUUGUAACAUCGGCCCUUUUUAACACAAACUUCCAGUACAGCUUGGCGAUUAUAUACGGACUGGUGUUAAACCAGAGCUUUACGUACGAAGUCGUCGUAAUUUUAUCGGAGAGAGUGGACGUGAAAACUGUAAACGUUCUUCUAGAAACCGAAGGCCUAAUGACAAACAUGGUCUGUUUAAUACUUUUCCAAGUAAUACUGGGCCACUACUUCGGCUUUGUACAGAAAUGGUUUCAAAUACUGUCUGUCUUUUUACGUUUAACUAUAGGAGGACUGAUAGCAGGAGUUAUCAUGUCCUACGUAUCGGUCAUGUUGAUCAAGGGCAGCAUCCACGAUCCGGCCCAGUUAAUGUUGGUGAUACUUUUGUGUAUGCUGUCCAGUUAUGGAUUCCCAGAAAUGCUAGCGCUUCAAGGGAUCGUAAGUUGCGCAUUUGUAGGAGUAGUCCUGGGAAUGUACAGGACAAUGUUUCGAACCCGCGUUGACCGCUUUAUUCAAGUGUUUUCUCUGGCUCCCACUUACAUAAUCCAAAACGUUGGUGCCUUUACACUGGGAGUGUUACUGGCUCAAGACAUCUCCAUUAACAUAACUAUUCGUAUGGUUUUACUUGUGUUCGUAGUAUAUUUCAUUUUGUACCUUUUGCGACUGUUAGUUCUCUUUUUGCUUUCACCAGUUCUAAGCCGCAUCGGAUUCGGUUUGACUCUUAAGGAAUGCUUAGUACUUGUUUGGGGAAGUACCCGAGGAUUGUAUAGUUUCAUCUUUGCGCUGAUGCUAAUACGGGAAAAUGAAGAAAAUUUGAACAUAAUAGGACAACAUUUACUGUUCGUGAGCACUGGUGUAAUGAUGUUGUCAAUGGUUAUUAACGCGACCACAUUCUCCGCAAUACUUCGCAUGUUUGGAAUAGGCGAGAUUUCGACAUCACGAAAAAACAACAUGGCUUCAUGCCUGAAACGUCUGGAAUACAAAAGGACUCGUUGUAUAACAACCCUAAAAUACGACAGAUUUCUGUCGGAUGUAAAAUGGCCGCUGGUAUCCGAAGCUACAACCCUCAAACACCCUUACAAAGGUAGAACGUCAGUAGAGAAUGACGAUAAUGAUCUAUUUCUCGUAAAUCGGAUUCUGGUUUGUCCCUCAUGUCAUAAUGACGUUCCUUCUGAGCCAACCAGAAAGGAAAUGAACGAAAUGAUAAGAGAGGCCCACAGGCGAAUUUUGAAAGGACAAUCAGUUUCCUUCGCAAGACAGCACGAGAAUGGACUGUUAUCUAAGCUUGGCUUUAGAAUUUUAAAGAAUACCAUCGAAACAGCCCUAGAAACUAAAGACAAUAUGGUCGAAUUGAAUGAUCUUCUUCAAAUGCUGCACAUUAAGACAAGUCACACUUUUGCAAGAAUUAUAAUGAAGUAUUCAAAAAUUGUGACAAGAAAGGCAGAAAAACGCCAUCGAUACAAGUGCAGGCUCGUCUGCCACAUGAUCAUGAACCACUGGGCUUUUUGGCUUUUUAUAACGUUGGUGAUCACGGUAAAUUGUGUUCUAGCCAUUAUAAACCUAACGCAGAGUGACAAUCGAGAUUUAUUUUGGUCCUCGACAUAUUGUAAUAUGGCGUUCUAUAUUAUCUACCUUAUCGAAUUCUUCAUCAAAGUAUUCGGAUUGGCUUAUACAACUUUUCUGGAGGGACUGCAGAACUAUUUCAAGAACAUGUGGAACGUUUUUGAUUUUGUUAUUCUGUUAUCGUGCACUGCUGAUGUGACUCUAGCAAUAUACGUUUUGGUUCAUCACAAGGAACAACCGAAUUUUUUAUGGAAAUUAAUGACAAUCAUGAAAUUCAUUCAGCUUAUGCGAAUCCUUCGGAUGAUUGAAUUAUUUAAACUUCUGAUUUGGAAACUAACCCAUUUAAUGAGCGAGCGGUCCGAUAAGAGACUCAUGUUAUCGUACGAAAUAGGAAAGGCUUACGUAACAAGUUUGGAAGAAGUUCAAGAAAUGUUGCAGCAAAUGAUUGACAACGAGAAGGUUCGAGAGACGUGCAGACUCGAUAUAGAACGAGACAGAUUAAUGAUUACAAGACAACUUGGUCUGAUUCAAAAAGACAGACCGUGGAUUACUAUUACUGUUAAGACCAAGCAAGCCAUAAUCGCCACACUUAAUUCCAUAAAAAAUGUUAUUAACGAAAUAAAAGUAUCAGGUUGGGUGGACGACAUAGAGCAUCGUAAACUCACUGACAGUUUGUACGAACAAUUUAGAUUAGUCAAUAAUCUGAAAGCCGUUCAGCCGAGUACCCCUAGAGAAAUGAUAAAAGAAAUUCCGUGGAUGGCAGGGGAAGACAUUCUCGCCGAAAUACUAUUUGAAAAGGUCAUCCCCAAAACGUUUGAAGCCGGUGAAAUUAUAUGUGCGGAAGGAACUAUAGCACCUGGCGUCUUUGUCAUCAUUCAAGGCCUCAUCCAGUUGUCAUACAAACCUUCAGGGACAGUUUUUGAAAAUUUAGACAACUACGGAGCUCUACCGAUCGUAGACUACAUGAUUUCGACGCGAUUUAACGAAAAGUAUGAAGAAUAUUUUGGGUCUGGAAAUACUUUUGGUGAAAUUAGUGUUCUUACCCACCGUCCAUAUAAUUGUUCCGUUUAUGCAGAAACAUUGGUCCAGUCGUACCUUCUUACAAAUGACGUAUUACAACACGCGUUCGAAGAAUCAUCAGAUCCAAUUGAAGGUUUAAAAGCAAAAAUGUGGAAAAUGAUAGCAACACGUCUAGCCACGACGAUCCUAUUGGAACUCCCAAACUAUUCGUCCAAAAUUACUGCAAGCAUUCGUUACAUUUUAGACAGGUCUUUCGUGCCAGAUCUGUCACACUUCAAAGUUUUCUCUGUUACCGAAUCAAUCGAGGAUUUAAUAUUGAUAGAAGGAAUUGUAAUGGACUACAACACCAGAGAAAUUUAUCUGGCACCGACGUACAUACCUAGGACAGUUCAAAAAUUGGUUUUACCAACCGAUGAAAGGAUGAAUUUCCAAACUAAAUUAGAAACAAAGAUACUAAUAUUGCCAAGCAAGGACAUCGAAGAAUCAGAUUUGAUGGAAUUGAUUGAAAACGCUUCUGAAAUUAAUCGAACUGAUAGUUUCCUGCAACUGGCUAAGGAAAGACGUAAACGUAAGAGACGUCAGAGAAGAACGACAUUCAUUGUGAACAAACGUCAUACAGAAGCCCUCAAUGUUAAAAAAUCAAAAUCCUCUGGCCAUUCCGAUGAAAGCAGUGGGAGUGAAGAAGUGUCCGUAAGAAGCAACUAUACCACGGUCACUGCAGCAAAAUGAGAAGAAUAGAAUGAAAAUAUUAUGCUAAUGAUU